CGCGUUGAGCGUUGUUGGGCUACGACGUGCUCUCCACGAUACCAAGUAGCGACAGCAACUAAACUGUACCUCAAACGUCACUUAAAGCAGUGGAGGCCGAACGAAGGCUGAGACGACUUGCGUGGUGUUAAAGGCUCCACACAAGGAUUGAAGACAUUUUCGUUUUUGCGAAUUCGUCUAUCAGAUGUGUUGGUGGUGUAGCUAGCUAGCUAGCAAGCUAAUGUCAAAGCAUGUAAACAUCUGGGCUCUGCUGUAAUCUGACAAUACCUUCUUACUCGUCCACCUGGUGCAACAUGGGGAAGAAGAAACAAGGCAAGUUUGUUCGUCCUGACCACAAGGGGAAAGACAGACGCCACAAAAUGAAGGGGAAGUCCUUGGAGGCCUUUACAGAAGAAAUGCACACUGCUUUUGAAGCGAGUCUCCACGUAGAGGAUGGAGCGGAGGCUCCUCAGGUGAAGCUGCCCUGUCCACUUGCCAUGUGGGACCUGGGUCACUGUGAUCCUAAACGUUGCACUGGCAGAAAGUUAGUACGCAAAGGAUUCGUACGUAACCUGCGCCUCAAUCAGAGGUUUAACGGACUCAUACUGAGUCCAAUGGGAACAAAGUAUGUUACGCCAGCAGACAGAGAGAUUGUGGCUCAAAAUGGUUUGGCAGUGAUUGACUGUUCUUGGGCCAAACUGGAGGAGACUCCCUUCAGUAAGAUGGUCGGGACUCACCCCAGGCUACUGCCGUACCUCGUAGCUGCAAACCCUGUCAACUAUGGCAAGCCCUGCAAGUUGUCUUGUGUUGAGGCUUUUGCUGCUACAUUUUGCAUUGUAGGGUUCGAAGAACUGGCUAUGCUCUUGUUGAAUAAAUUCAAGUGGGGGAGAGUGUUUCUGGAGCUCAAUAAAGUUCUGUUGGACCGCUAUGCUGCUUGCCAGUCAGAGGAAGAGCUGCUCACUGUAGAGAAGGAGUUUCUCACGUCCAAACCAGAGGAGGAGGAGUUUGAUCCUUUUGAUGUUAAUUCAGGAGUAGAGUGUAGGAAUCUCAACAGACAUCAGUGUGAACCAGAAGACGAUGAUUCUAGUGAGGAUACCGACACGUCGGAAGAUGAGGAUGAAGAAGAAGAAGAUGAGGAAGAAGAUCGGAAAACGGAAAGCAACGAUGAGUCAAGAACAGAACCACAUCAUCACGAAGUGGAACAGACUGAAUCAUAGUCAUCACAUUAAAGCAUAAUGGAUCGUUUUAAUACAAGGACUGGCAAAACUACGUUUAACGACUCACUACUCCAUAAAUUGAAUGCUAUUUUGGGCUCACCAGUUUUUGUAAUAAAAUAUGAAGACCAUUAAA